AUGGCAUCCAAUGGUAAUGACUCGUCGUCGAAUUUCUUUACUGAUGAUUUUGAUCGAAACGAUAUCGAACGUAAUCUAUAUGCUAUAUUACAUGUCAAUAAAGAUGCUGAUACAGCCGCAAUCCAACAAGCAUAUCGUCGACUAACACGUUUAUAUCAUCCUGAUAAACAUGCAGACCCACAGAAUAAACAGUUGGCUAUGAAUCUAUUUAUUCAAGUGAAAAACGCUUAUGAUAUAUUGAAUGAUCCACAAAAGCGUGCUAUUUAUGAUGCUCUUGGAAUGAAAGGUUUAAAAAUCGAUGGAUGGGAUGUAAUAACUCGAACAAGAACAGCUCGUGAAAUUCUUGAUGAAUAUGAACGUCUUGCAAAAGAACGUGAAGAACGAAAUCUUAAUCAAAUCACAAAUGCAAAUGCUUCUGUAAAUGCAACUAUAAAUCUAACUGAUGUAUUUAAUCAAAUGAAUUCAACUGAUGAGAAUAAUAAUCAUUUUCCUGUCAUUCAAACCAAAGAAUUUACUGUUCAACAAAGUAUUGAUAUUCCCUUAACAAGUCAAGAUUCAGUAACGAUCAAUGCUCUUGUCACAACAAAUAAUAGACGUGGUGUAGGAUUAUUAACAACUUCAUUUCGGCGUAUUUUUUCAAAUUUAUCUUGGUUUCGUAUUGAUUUAACUAUGGGUCAACAUCCCAAUGUAGGAUUUCAUUAUUUCCGUCGUAUAACACAAAAACUUCACGCAAAUGUUAAUACGACAUUUAGUUUAUUGAAUGGCGGCAAACGUUUAGCUACGUCUGGUUUUCUUUUUUCGAUUACAUAUCAAUUAGCAAACAAUCUAACAAGUAGUUUACAAUGGAAAACAGGUAGAGGUUCAUUUAUGAAAGGCAUUCUACAAUAUGACAAUCAAAAAUGGGCACUUUCCAGUGCUGUUCAGCUUGGCUUUACUAAUACAUUUGGUGCUAUUGAUGGCGUUUAUCGAUUUCCUGAUGUAUGUAAUCUGCGAUGUAGUCUCAAAUUGUUCGCAUUUGGACCAUGGAUUGAAUAUGGUAUUGAUCGUCAAUUGACGAAAUAUACACAUGGCUCAGCAACAGUUGCCGUUAGUGCUAGAAUGGGUGUAUUAUUAAGAUUAAAAUUUACUCGUGGUAGUCAAGUAUUCUCCAUUCCAUUACCACUAGCUAAAGAUGUUCUACCCAGUGCUAUAUUUUAUGCUACAAUAACACCUACUCUUGCGUAUCUUGUACUGGAUCGAUUAAUUAUUCAACCAUUUGUUCGAUUAGAGCACGAACGAGAACAGAAAAAACGUGAAGAUGAAGAACGUGAAAAACAAGUUGAUCGUCGGCGUGAAGCAAUGAAUGCUCAAGAAGUUCUUCGAUCACUCGUUGAACAAAUCAAAGAUAAAGAAGGUUCGCAAGGUUUAAUUAUUCUCGAGGCAUACUAUGGUCAUUUAAACACAAUCAUCGAUGAAUCUUCAAUAAAAAUAAUCGAUGUUCGCGUACCAUUACAAAUAUUAGUUAAAGAUUCAGCAUUAAAAAUUGAAACAACAAUAUCAAAAUCAAACCUAACUGGAUUCUAUGAUCCUUGUGUUGGUGAACAGAAAUCAUUGCGUAUUAAAUAUUCAUUUCAUUCACAAAUUCAUACAGUCACAUAUCAAGAUCUAGAACCUAUAAUACUACCGAAUCGAAGUAAUAAAAAAGAAAUUUUAUAA